CAAACAUCAAAACCGAAGAAAUCACAAGUACAACAACAUCACCAAUAUAUCACCCGCAUAAAGAUCUCCAAAGAUGCGUCUCACAACCACCACCGCAGCUUCCUCUAUCUUCUCCCUCCUCCUCUUCAGCACCACAACCUUAGCAGCGCCAGCUCCCCAAACAACAGUCACACCCGGCGCCCCCACACCCUGGUCCGUCACCUCCUUCACACUCGGCUGUUCCCCCGCAGGCUGUACCUACAGUUUCUCAAUCAGCGGACCCUCCACUCCAGGCGUCGGACCCGCCUUCUCGACAACUUGCUCUGGCACCGAUCUCCAGAACAAGAUGGUUCCGUGCGCCAAGCCCGAGAUAUCGGCGAAUCUGGUGCCUACGGAUCAAGGGUUGGUGUUGCAGGUUAAUAGGUUGGAGAAGCAGGGGAAUGGAGAUACGGCGGUUAUGUCGGGGAGUGCGUUGGCGGCGGGGAGUGGGGAGCCGGCGGAAGAGGCGUUUACGGUGGAGGCGUACUCGUAUGGGGUUAUUGUUGGGUAGGUGGACUAGGGUCAUGUGGUUGUAGAAGACAAUGUUUGGGAGUUGAUAUUACGGUGUUUUCAAGAGUGGAGAUUACGUAAAUUGGAACAAUGCAGCGAUAAGUUGCUUUUGUAGAGGUGAUAGACUGGCUUCACUCGGGCACAUUUAAGCCAGAUAUUCACCCAUCUCAAAUCGUGUCAAAUGACUAAAUAAGCGAUACUUCAACAGCAAUCAAGGACAUCAUGGAUAGCCG